AUGUCCGUUGAUAUACCACUCAUGCGCUGGUGCUCUGAGUACUUUGUUCGAGCUGGUGGGCUGGCUUACUUUGGUGACGUGCUCGGGACUAUUGCUCCAGCGCUAGCGCCAACAUUCAUCGCCUUCGAUGACCUCUCGUGUAUUAACACAAAUACGCGCAAAACCGCUUUCUGGAUGCUGACAUACCGCAACCCGUCCUAUAUCGAACCGCUCAGGAAAGAGACGACCGCUGCAUUUAAUGGAGAUAGACUCGUCGAUCUUGGCCACAUUCACAAGAAUUGUCCGCUGCUGAAGAGUCUCUGGUUCGAGACUCUGCGGAUGGCCUCUAACGCUACCUCUGUUCGUCUCGUAAAUAAGGACACUAUCAUAGGAAACAAGAUUCUUCGCAAAGGCAACCGUAUCAGACCAUCUACGGCCCCAAUGUCUGUUCAUUUAACCCCGAGCGUUUUGCCGGUGCAAACGCUGAGAAGCUCUGGCGGCCCCUCGGCGGCGGCAAGACGAUGUGCAGCGGCCGCCAUAGCUAAGCGCGCCACGCUCAUAUUGUUGUCCAUAGUGCUGAGGAGGUUCGACAUUGUCAUCGUCGGUGAGGGCAAGUUGCCUACCCCUGACUUGGGCAUGUCUGUGCUCGGUAUUAUGGCUGUGAAGGAUGAUUAG